AGAGUUCUCCCCUUACAGGUACCCUUAACAUCUCCUGACUGCUGGGAUGACAUUUGGGGAUAUUUUAAGCCAGUGAUGCCAUGGUGGUUAUGGGGACACCGGCGGGCUUUAUAUAGAGACGGGUGAAAACUGUGGGUGGAAAUGAGACACACGCCGACGCGUGUGCCCGGGCUCACAUGCUGAGGCAUACACGCAGACACAGACAGUGCUUUCCUUUGUCAAAACACAAGGCGGUUAGAACAUCUGCUUUGCCUGCAGAAAAUCCCAGGUUCAAUUACCGGCGGCAUUUCCAGGUCUGAAACCUGUCUGAUACCUGUCUGAAGACGGACUUUCUGUGCUCCUGUUUAAUGAGGUCUUUCCCUCAGAACCAUGAGGACUAGAACCCUGCUUGGCUUUUAAGGAAGGGCCGCAGCUCAGUGGCGGAGCAUUUGCUUUGCGUGCAGAAAGUCCCCAGUUCAUUCCAUGAAGGCAUUUCCAAGUGUGGCUGGGAGAGACUCUCUAGAUGGAGCAAUGAUUUUAUAUAAGUCAGUUUCCCGUGUUCCCAAGUAUGUAGAAAGAUAUGCAUCAAUGGGAAGGCCCAGAGACACGCAGGAUGUGUGCAAAGGUUUAUUAAACACCCAAUUCAUAUAGUAUAAAUUGCACACACAGAACUGAGGUGCAUAUCACAUAGUGCUUAGGAUCCACUGUGUGCAACACACCUGUGCAACACACCUGUGCAACCUGGUGAACAAACAGUAUCGUACAGGAAAUCCCCGUUUUUUCAUAAAAUCGUAGAAUUGGAAGGAACCACAAGGUUCAUCUAGUCCACCCCCCUGAAAUGCAGGAAACUUCUGCCCGACUUGGGGCUCAAACCCACGACCCUGAGAUUAAGAAUCUCAUCCUGUACCAACUGAGCCAUACCUGGCCUCCCCCCCCCUUGUUUCAACUAAAAUGUAUGUCUUCUUUAAAAAAGAAAUCUGAGCAGGCAAAGGUCAUGGCUAAGUCCUCAGGCUGCCUUUGCCAUGAGACAGCAAGCCCUUCUCUCUCAGACUCAGUCCUCCUGUCUGCAAUAUGGGGAUAAUAAUACUGACCUGACUCACAAGGUUUUUGCAAAGGUUAGAAUGGAAUGUAUGCAAAUACUCAAAAAAAUGACAUAGAAAUUUGCUCAUUGUCAUUAUCUAAUAACAAGCGGAAACAUAGAAAAAUGUUACCUGCAUAAUAAUUCCAUAUUAACUCCCUUCUUGGCAACAUGAAUAUGUACUUUGUGUUCAAAAUUACCUCCUAGGAGGGGUAGAUUUAGGGCCCUGGAACCACGGGGCACUUUGUAGGACAAGGGGGAGGGUUAGAGCAGCUGCCUUGCAUGUAGAAGGUCUCGGUCCCAAAUGGCAUCUUCUUCGAAACUCCAGAGGAGCCACUGCAGGCCCAUAUAUAGACCAGGGGCAGCCUAAAUGGGCCCCAUCAACUUCCACUGGCCCCACCAGCAUAGCCAGUGGUCUGGGAUCAUGGGAAUUUUAGUCCGGCAACACCUGGAGGGCACCAAGUUGGCUACCACCGGUGUUAAGGCAGUUCCCAGCCCCGCAGCCCUUGCACCUUCCGACUCCCUUGCAUCCAAACUGUUGUAAAGAACCUCAACUUUCUUGGAUAGGCAUAGCCAAAAUCUAGGUCACGCACUGCCAAAUCUGCAGUUGCGGCUGCGAAGAAGGUUUUCUCGUCGCCCGCAGAUUAGGUUUUGCUGUUACUUCUAGUGAGUUGACGCCGAAAGCCACUUCACACAUGCCGGAGGAGGACAAGUGUCAGAGGAUGCCUCUGCAUGUGUGAAUGAGCCACUGACAGAAGAAACUUGAGCACUGUGCUCUGUUGGACAGAAAGCCAGUUUAAGUGUUUUGCUGACAGUCUCCAACUCUCAGGAAGAUUUGAGUGCUGUGAAUGCAUGCUGCCAACCAAUAUUGGAAGGUGUGCAGGUAACCCUCACCUUGGGUGAGGGGGGGCUGCCGUUCUGAAUGGGUGCACAUGAAGGACUUUGCUCCCUUCGGGAAAUAAACCUAGGAAUACCAAGGCUGGAUCCCAGUGGUAGCUGCGUUUGGCUUUUUGGAUACAAGGCUGAUGAAAUGAAGCUAGAGGUAGAGGGUGUGAAGACAAAUAUCUACCAAUGUGUUCCAGAAAUCAUAAUGCAAGGGAAAAGGAGUUGUGUGCAGUUGGGGAGAGCUACCUGUUACUUUUUUUGGGGGGGGGAGUGGGCCGUGGAAGCAAUCUCAGUGGCCCUCUGCAUAUUUGCUGGACUACAACUCCCAUGAGUCUUCAUCAUGGACCGUGGUGGUGCUGACGAGAGUUGCUUUGCACGGCAGAGAGUUCAAUCCCUGACUGCUCCACAUAAAAAGAAGGCAAGGGGAAAUAUAUUUCUCUGCCUUAGAUCCUGGAGAGAUGCUGCCAGUCAGAGCGGGCUGCACCGGGCUGCUAAAUGGACAAAUAGUCUGAUACAGGAUAUACGGCGGCUUUCCGUGUUCUGUGGGAAAGUUUGCCCAUAGCUGUACAUACUGAGGCUGUUGAAAACAACAGCAACCACCGUCAAAUCGAUUGCAACACAGCCUUGUAAGGUAGACCGGGAUUAUUGCGCUCUUGCUGCUGAUGGGAAGACUGCAAGAACCAGGGGGAAGUUCCCCAAUGUGCCAAAAUUGGAAUCAAAGUCUUGGGUGAGUGAAUCAUACAAAUUAAUCCCGGCCAGCCUCGCAUCCUUUCCUGUUGUUAACAGAAUGAGACAUUGCAAAUGCAGAUUGGAACUCUGUGUUCCGCCCAUCCGCAUGUUUUGGGAUGUGGCAGGGAGCACCCGGAGGCCCAGGGACAUGUGGAAUCCCCUCGAGGCCUCUCCCCCCACCCCUGCACACGCCCCGCCCCGACACAGCAUAUCUAGGGCCAAGUGGUGAGCUCAUGGUGUGGGGUGAAACCCGAGGAGACAGAUGCCCUCAUUGGGCACUGCCAGGCUAUGAGCUCAGGAGGGUAUUUUUAGAGGCAGCACACAACUUCAUUUGGUGGAGGAAAGAGCUGAACAGCAGCCCAAAAGGAAGUGAACAGCGCUGCAGGGGGGACCGCCAUCCGCGUCAGGUUCACCUUUCCCAAUGCCUCCCUCGCCUCUGGAAGAACGGAUCGGCGUGCUGCAGCGACCCAAAACCUUGGCCUUGCGCCUCAACCACAGCUUUGCCAACGGGGGCACCCCAGGCGGUGGCGAGAAGCAGCCCCAGGCGGCCUCCAGAGGGCCUGGCCAGGCCGCCCCGGCUCCCGCAAAGGCGCUCUGCGACGAGGCCGCGCGCCGGGGGACGCCGAGCGUCCUGCAGCCCAACCACUCUCACACCAUCGACAUCAAGCUGACGGUCGGAGGCGUGCAGAGCCUGUCGCCCGAGAGGAACGUCUCCCUGCAGCUGGACCUCAAGCAGGCCGAGGCUAAGCCGAAAGGCCUCUCUGGGCCCCAGCUGAAGGUCUUCUUGCCCCAGGCCAAGCUCAAGAAGCGCUGCUUCAAGGAGAACUCCAAACCGGCGCUGCUGGACACAUCCACCAGCUCCUCCUGCCUCUCCAGCCCCGCCAUGCACCCCCUCAAGUGCGGUUGCCGCGGCUGCUGGCGCCUGAUGCGCUGCGAGGAUGCCGGCCCCAAGGGUGGCUUGCUGUCCCUGGGCUGCUUCUCCUGCCGCUCCAGCCUGCGCUCGCUCAGCUGCUCCAGCUGCAGCCCGCCGUCUGUCAAGAAGCUGGGGUGCUUGCCGUGCGCCCCCUCCUCGGCCCUGCGCUCCCUGGCCUGCCUGGCUUGCAACCCCUCGGUCAAGUCUGGCAGCUCCUCCUGCAGCUUCUGCAGCAGCGACCCCAUCGUGGCCUACGACCCCCGGGCGGGCUCGUCCCCGGCCCACAGCUGCGGGGAUGACGACGACUACAGCGUCCGCACCAUCUGGCCCGACGAGCUGGCCAAGAAAAUGACACGGUCCCGGGCGCAGCAGCAGCAGCAGCAGCAGCAGCACGUCUCCCCCCUCAUCCUGGACUGCCGCAACCUGAUGGAAUACACCAAGAGCCAGCUUCAGGGCGCCAUGCGUUUCGGGGCUGCCGACGCAGCGGGGCGGAGGCGGCUCCAGCAGGGGAAGAUGGCCAUGCUGGAUUUCAUCUCCUCGCGGGGAGGCUGCGACACAAGGGACUCCUCGCUGCAGCGCCUCUGGGCGAAGGAGCCCAGCGGCUGCACCAGUCCGGAGCCUCUCCCCGCCAGCCCCCCCAAGCCCCGCAAAACGCAGCCCUCCCAGAAUCUCCAUCUGGUGCUGGAUCUGCUCAACAAAGACGGGCAGGAAGGCGUCGGCCGCAGAGGCAGUCUGAUUGGGCCAGAUGUUGCGGACGGCCCAGAUGACUUGGGCCCCCCACUCACGCCUGACCUGGAGAACGCCGAGCUGAGCCCCAUUCUGCCCUUCCUGUUCCUGGGCAACGAGCGAGACGCACAGGACCUCGAACGGAUGCUGAGCCUCAACGUGGGGCACGUUCUCAACGUCACCACCCACCUGCCCCUGUACCACGCCGACAGCGGGCGCCUUCGCUACAAGCGCCUCCCUGCCACUGACAACAACCGCCAGGACCUGCGCCAAUACUUCGAGGAAGCUUUUGAGUUCAUUGAGGAGGCACACCAGAGCGGCAAAGGAGUCCUCAUCCACUGCCAGGCCGGUGUCUCCCGCUCGGCCACCAUCGUCAUCGCCUACCUGAUGAAGCACACCCUCAUGACCAUGGGCGAUGCCUACAAGUACGUCAAAGGCCGGAGGCCCAUCAUCUCGCCCAACCUCAACUUCAUGGGGCAACUGCUGGAGUUCGAAGUGGACCUCAACGCCGGCGUCACGCCCCGGAUCCUCACCCCCAAGCUGGCCGGAGUGGAGACCGAGGUGUGAACAAGAUGGGGGGGGGGCGCAAGAUGAUCUCCAUCAAUCUCAGGGCUGGGAAGAAGGGGGGGCGGGAGUGCAAUAAGGGGACUGGUGGACGGCAUGUGAAGGCUGAAGCAGUGAGUACGAAUUCGGGGGGGGGCCUUCUCAGCCACUUUAUUACAUCCCCCCCCCUUGAGGGAACUUUGUUUGGAUACCUUUCUAAGUCCACUAACCUGAAAAUGCUCAGCGUACAAGACGACAGACAACGCCAAAGACUGAAUGACGGCGCUCCGUUCUGUAGGUACCGCUGCUGCUGCUGCUGCUGCCACCGGAAUUUCGGGGAACACUUAUUUCUACAAUGACUUCUAAAAAAAACUUUCUUACCUUCGUGGGGUGGUGAAUGCUGUGUGUGUAUGUGUGUGAGUGAGUGAGUGAUAUCAUGCUGGGUUUAAUUUAUUGGGGUGGGGACUGUGUGUAUAAAUUUUUUGGGGGGGAGUCCUCUUUGUCUCUUCCCCCGUUUUUUUGAUCCAGAUGCUGAUAUUGCCUUGCUUUUCACCACGACGGACUAAUUUGGGGCUGGGGUAUCCUAAGCAAUUCACACGUACGUGUGUGUGUGCGUGUGUAGUUAUGGAAGAGGGGGUGUCCAUGGGGAACAUUGCAGGUGUGAAACUUCUCCCCCCCACCACCACCAAUUCCCACUAGAUUUUAAUGCUCAGGAUCACAGAAUCUCUUCUGGAUAAGAGUGUGGGUGGAAAGGAGGAGGGGGAGGGCGAUUCACAACUAAUCUACCCCCCCUCCUUUGCUUGGGGUGUAUGUGUGUUUGUGCGGGGGGUGGGGGUGUAGAAGAGCCCUCUAUUCUGCCCUCACAUCUAUUUAUUUGAACUGUAAUUGCUGCUUAGACUCUUUUUUUUUUGACCACCAACCUGUUACGUGGCUCUUAACAAGGGUUAAUACUGUGGAACUGAUGAUAUUAUGGGAUGGGGGGGCGGGGAUUGGACCCUCCUUUUCCUCCUGCCCCUUCCCUCAAACAUAUUGUUAAGCACUUCUCCUCCCUUUCCCCUCCCCUUCUCAGGGUAAUAUGAUGUAACUGGAAUUUGUCUUCCAUUAAUUAAGGGGUUCGGGUUUUUUGACAAUGGGGAAGGGAUGCUGAAACUUGGGGGGGGGGGUUGAAGGAAUGGGGAACGACCCCCCCUAGGACUCUCUAUCUCCCCUAAAUUUUAUUUUAGGUUUCUUGGGGGUGGUAUGGAGUGGGUUUCAUACCCCCCCCCAGCUAAUUUAUCUUACGAUGCAAUAUAUAAACAAAAAAUUUGGUUGUUAAUGUUAGGUGCUUUAAAGUGUCCCCGCCCCCCACCUCCGGCUCCUCUUCCCGCACCGCACAAAGAGGAGACAGGGUGUGACAUUGCGCCUCUUCAUGUCAGUGGUCUUUCAGGUGUUCCCGGUCUUUUCACAAACGGAAUUCGAACCCAUCACCAGCAAGGAGCAAGUGGGGGGGAUAAACAUUAUGGAGGCUCUGGGCCCCUUCUCUCCGCCAGUGAACUUGCCGAUCAUACAAAGCGCAAAAGCCCAACAUCCCAGUCCAUAAAGCUGUGGCACAAUAUUUGUUUGUUCGGGGAUGGGUUAAUUUCCCUUGUAAUCAUCAGCAUCUCGUCAUUUCCGUAGAUGCAAAAAUACAUUGUGGGAGACGUUGCUCUCGCUCCCAGGUUCUCGCCAAUGUAGCACUCUCUGAAAGUUGCUAGACUCCAGCUCCCAUCAUUCCUGACCAUAGGGGCUGAUGGGAUUUGGAGUCCAGCAACAUCCGGAGUCUCAUCCCACCCACCCUCAAAUACUCCCAGAAUCCUUACCGGGAAGGCACGGCACCCACUUGGAACUCGUAAUUUUCUGGGUGGCUGGAAAAACACCCAAUACCCCCAUAGGCUAGGAGAUGCAAUAAGGUAGCCUGUUGAACCCUCAGCUAUAUUAUAAGAAAUUACUGGUUCAAUGACCUAUCACAAGACACCACAGGUGUGCCCCCCCCUGUAGGGGCCAGACCAGCACUCCAAACUGCCAUUGAAAUGUUUUUUUAAAAAAAUCAGUGCCCCCGGCCCCCCACACAAAAAAGAUGCUUUAAAAUCCUCCAGCCCCCCAAAUUUCACUUCAGCUAUUGAGGUUGGGGUGGUGGUGGUGAUGGCACCUAAAAAUGAAAGUGGGAUCUGUGUCAGAAUGAUUGAUGCUUGUGGCUGAGCUGCAGACACAUCUUCGCUCUCGCCUCUCCUGGAAUGCAGAGAUGCAGAAGGGCUUCUGUCCUGUCUGGCUUUGGCGGCUAAGUGAUGUUUGCCCAGCCGCGGAAGGGAGCAGCUCAGCUCAGUGGCCUUGAAUGCAGAAGGUCCCAGGGUUCAAUCCCUGGCAUCUCCAGGCAGGACUGGGAAUGUCCCUUACCUGAAACCCUGGAGGGCUGCUGCCAGCCAGUGUAGACAGUACUGAGCUGGAUGGACUAGUGGGUCCAGUGCAGCAUAAGGCUUGAUGUUCCUAAGAGGCAGCAAAGCACCCUCUGUUCCCUCCGCCCCCGCUUGCGGUGCAGAUCCAGAGUGGCUGGUGAAUGCAACAGUUCCUCCCCCUUUUUUCCAUUCGAAGAGUUUUGUAGUGGAAAUAAAAUGCCCCACCCCAUCCACCCGCUGGACAGGAAGCUGAUGUGGUCAAGACUGUAAGAUUCCCCCCUCCCUUUCCUGCUGUGUCUUUUUGGAUCUCGUCCUUGUUAUUUAUUGGGCCCAAGUGCGAGGCCCCAGCAUCAUAAUUUAUUAAACGUGGUCUUUCUCUUUUUUUGUAACAA